CGGCUGUCAGCGCUUUACAGUACUGGAUUAUUUGCAACCGGCUUAUUAUUGCACAAAAAUCUAGUAAAAUGUCCUCGCCAGCCCCCAAAUCGCCGGAGCUUUCGGAUAAAAGCAAGAAAUACGACAGGCAAAUCAGGCUGUGGGGAGAACAUGGACAGACGCUUUUGGAGACGGCCACAGUUUGUUUGGUGAAUGUUACGGCCGUAGGCUGUGAAACUGCCAAGGGAUUGGUCCUGCCCGGUAUCGGAGGCUUCACUGUGGCCGAUGGCAGCACAGUCAAGGAGGAGGACCUGGGAAACAAUUUCUUCCUGGAUUCCAGCUAUUUGGGUAAAUCCAAAGCAUUGGCCUGCAUGCAACUUCUCCAAGAGCUCAAUCCCGACGUGAAUGGCGAUUAUGUCGAGGAGAGUGCCGACUUUGUAUUGGCCAACAGACCGAACUUCUUUGACAGUUUCGAUUUGGUGAUUGCCUCCAAUCUCAAUGAACAGACUUUGCUCCUAUUGGCCGAGCGGUUAUGGGAGGUUAACGUGCCAUUAAUCUACUGCCGAUCGCUUGGCAUGCUGGGCACAAUACGCUUGCAGAUACGGGAACACUGCAUCGUGGAGGCGCAUCCGGAUAACCGUCAGUUUGAUCUGCGCCUGGAGCAUCCAUUCGAUGCUUUGCGGGAGCAUCUCGACGGCACCGAGGUGACCAACAAGGUGCCCUGGCUGCUGGUACUCCACAAAUACCUCAAUGUGUGGCAGAAGCAACGGGCGGAUGGGGCUCAAACGCCCCGAAAUUACAAAGAGAAGAACCAGUUGAGGGAGUCCAUUAGAAAUGAAAUGAAGGCGGAUGAAGAAAACUACGAGGAGGCCAUCAAGGCGGUAAAUACAGCAUUUGGAGCGGGACAGGUUUCCAAAAGCCUCAAAGCCAUAUUCGAAGAUGAUGCCUGCGAACAGCUAAACAAGAAGAGUAACGUCUUUUGGAUCAUGGCCAAGGCCUUAAAGCACUUCGUGAUACACGAGAAUGAGGGCCAUCUUCCUCUGCCCGGCGUUCUGCCGGACAUGACGGCCAAUACAGACUCCUACAUCGCCCUGCAGCACAUUUAUCGCCAACAGGCGCUGCAAGACGCCGACCAGGUGUAUCACAAGUGCCAGGAGUACCUUAAGCAGUUGGCUUUGCCCGCUGACAGCAUUGAUGAGAGAAGUGUGCGUCUCAUUUGCCGAGAAGCAGCCGGAUUGGCGGUCAUCAGGGGCACACGCAUUGCAGAGGAGUACGAGAAGAGCAGUCGCCUGCUGACGCUGGUUGAGGACAACGAGCUGCAAGGCAACCUCACGGCAUACAACUUUGCGCUGCGCGCCUACGAACGCUUUCUCAGCGAGUGUGGCAACAUUCCCGGCGAGUGCAUCGUGGAGCAGGACAUUGGACGACUGAAGAGCAUUGCCGCCAAGAUGCUAAGCGAUUUGGGCAUGCACGCCACUAUCAGCGAUGAUGUUCUGCAUGAGAUUUGUCGAUACGGCGGAGCCGAGUUGCACGCAGUGUCAGCUUUUAUUGGUGGCUGCGCUGCCCAGGAGGUGAUCAAGAUUAUUACCAAACAAUACAAGCCCAUCGAUAAUACUUUUAUUUACAAUGCUAUAACCACAGAAAGUGUCACAUUGAAGCUAUAAAGAAAUCGUAUUUUUAUAGAAUCUGUAUAUUAUUUUUAUUUAAACACACUAAAGUCUCUGUGCUCCUAAAUAACUAAUUAAAUUAGUAAAAAAAACUGAAAACCUCUU